AUGUCGGCCUCUGGAGUUCGAAGAGUAGAUGAUGCCAGUCUCCGUAAAAGGGUAGGGAAGAAAAACUCUGUGAAGUUUGAACAAUCUGAGAAAGAAUUGAUUGACGAUUCCGACUUAAUCAAAGACAACAGGGAUGAGGAAACAAAGGAAUUUAUCAAUUCGUUAUAUACUUUGGAGAGCAUUUUAAUGCCAAUUUUGUUUACAAUCUUGUCAUUUGCAGUCAGGGUGUAUAGGAUUGGUGUGAAUGAUGCGGUGGUAUGGGACGAGGCUCACUUUGGUAAAUUUGGCUCUUACUACUUGAGACAUGAAUUCUAUCACGAUGUGCAUCCCCCAUUGGGGAAAAUGCUUGUUGGAUUAUCAGGAUACUUAGCCGGAUAUAAUGGUUCUUGGGACUUCCCAUCUGGAGAAGUGUAUCCUGAUUACAUUGACUACACGAAGAUGAGAAUAUUCAACGCUACAUUUUCUGCAUUAUGUGUUCCAUUUGCUUACUUGACUAUGAAAGAACUUGGAUAUUCAAUAGCAACUACUUGGCUCUUUACUCUAAUGGUCACAUUAGAAUCUUCUUAUGUAACAUUAGGAAGAUUCAUUUUAUUGGAUUCGAUGCUAUUAUUUUUCACAGUUGCAACUUUUUUCAGCUUUACAAGAUUCAAUAAUUUCAAUACAAAAGGAAGAGAGUUCACUAGAAAGUGGUGGAAAUGGUUGAUUUUAACUGGUUUCUCAAUUGGAUGCACUUGUUCUGUGAAAAUGGUUGGUUUGUUUAUUACAGCUUUAAUUGGAAUUUACACUAUCGUUGAUUUGUGGAACAAGUUUGGUGAUAAGUCAAUGAAAUGGAAGGUGUACCUUUAUCAUUGGGGAGCAAGAAUUUUUGGUCUAAUAAUUAUACCACUUACAAUCUUCUUGUUGUGCUUCAAAGUUCAUUUUGACUUACUAUAUAAGUCGGGGACUGGAGAUGCAAAUAUGUCAUCCUUGUUCCAAGCAAACUUAUUAGGUUCAGACGUUGGAGUUGGUCCGAGAGAAGUCACUAUUGGGCAUUCGAUUGUUACUCUUAAAAAUCAAGGCUUGACUGGAGGUUUAUUGCAUUCUCAUGUUCAAACAUUUCCCGAAGGUUCAAAGCAGCAACAAGUAACGACCUAUUCUCAUAAGGAUGCCAAUAAUCAUUGGAUAUUCCAGCGGCCCAGAUGGGAACCUUAUUAUGAUACCGAUAAUUCUGAAGACAUAGAGUAUGUUAUUGAUGGAAUGAGUGUUAGAAUUAUGCACCCUAUGACAGGAAGAAAUUUGCACACCCACGAUAUUGCUGCACCAUUAAGCAAAUCUGAGUAUGAAGUGGCUUGUUAUGGAAACCUUACUAUUGGUGACCAAAAAGACAAUUGGGUUGUAGAGAUAGUUGAGCAACCAGGAAAUGAAGACAAAUUGAGGCUACAUCCAUUGAGUUCAUCUUUUAGAUUGAAGAACGCAGUACUUAACUGUUAUUUAGGUGUAACAGGCUCUUCCUUGCCGCCAUGGGGAUUUAGACAAGGUGAAGUUGCUUGCUUCAAAAAUUCAUUUAAAAGAGAUAAGAGGACCUGGUGGAAUAUCGAGAAGAAUGAAAAUAAAAUCUUACCACCAGCGCCAGAGGAUUUCAAGUUGCCAAAGACAAGGUUUAUCAGAGAUUUCAUUCAAUUAAAUUUGGCAAUGAUGGCUACAAAUAAUGCAUUGCUUCCAGACUAUGACAAGCAAGAUGACUUGGCUUCAUCCGCUUGGGAAUGGCCAACAUUACAUGUAGGUAUUAGAAUGUGUUCUUGGGCAGCUGAAAAAGUGAAAUAUUUUAUGAUUGGCUCUCCUGCUACUACAUGGACAUCAUCUUUAGGUGUUGUGCUCUUCGCAUUCAUCUUCUUAUACUAUGUUAUUAGAUGGCAGAGGCAGUUUGAUGAUUUCCCUGCUUCAAAUCCUAAAAAAUUAAGCUUAUAUGUUAUGGGUGGUAUUUAUCCAAUGUUUGGAUGGGGCUUACAUUUCAUGCCAUUCGUGGUAAUGGGAAGGGUUACAUAUGUACAUCACUAUGUUCCAGCGUUAUAUUUCGCUAUGCUCGUCUUUUGUUACGAGUUUGAAGUUUUUACACUUCCUUUAAAAAGGUCCUCAAAUACUAUCGCUAAGGUAGCCUAUCUAUUGAUAUGCUUAUCGGCUUAUGCGUUGGUUGCAGGUACGUUCUGGUACUUCAGAUACAUGUCAUUUGGAAUGGAGGGUCCCAAAGAAGAUUGGACUCAUUUAGACUUACUUCCAUCCUGGAAAAUCGCUAACGAUAACUACAGAUAA